AUGGCCCCCCAGCACUCGAACCUGAUCCGGACCGACCAAGUCCAGAAACUUCCCCAUCUCAACGAGCAACAAAAGAAUCAGCAUACCCAACUCGUACGCAAUUACUGGGAAGUCCUCAACAACCGAGAUCCGAAGAGUGCCGAAUACCAGCACGCGCAUACACGCCUCACUCAGAUUUCACAGAGCCUGAUGAAAGGCAUGCGGGCCUUUCAGCAGAAUCGUCAGCUACAGCAACAGCAGCUUCAAGCCGCGACGGCGGCCGCACAGGGCCAGGCUGUUCCACGCCCGCAAUCGGUCAAUCCUCAAAACUUUGCCCAACUGCUCCCUCAGAUCCAGCAGAAAGUCAAUAGCUUACAUUUCUUCCUUCCUCCUAAUAUCAGUCACGAGCAGGCGCAGACGUGGCUUCCAGAAGCCAAACUACGCUACGGCAUCGCGCUACAGAAACAAGAAAUUGGUCGGGCACGUGCAAACGACCUACGCACACAGUUUAGUCAGCGCCAGGCGAAUGGAACCGUGACCCAAGAGGAGCUCCAGGAGUUUAAAAAUCGACAGGUUGCAGCGGAGAAACUUUACCGUGAGGGCGGCGACUUCCUAGCCAAGUUCAAGGAACAGCAGGAUAACUUCAAGGCUCAACAGCAAAGGGCAGGCGUGCAAAAUACUUCGGGUCCUCCGCAGGCUCCUAGUGCUACUGGUCCCGUUGCUCCAGCUGCCAGUGCCGGGGGUGAUGGCCGACCGACAAACGCCCCUAGCUCGAUGCAUCCUGGGCAAGCGCCAACGCCAGCACCUCAUACCAUCACCUCUGCUGUGAGUGCUGCGCGGAAUCAAUCUGGGCAGGUGUCCAUGUCGCCAUCUACUUCCCAACAAGGCCAGACACCUACUGCACAGGCCGCCGGUUCUACACCUGCCGCUCCGACCGUAGCUCUGCAGCAACAACCGCAACAGCAGCAUCCAGGCCAGCAAGCAAAUACAGGAUCGCAGGCAGUGUUUGCCCAGGUGCCCAACUUAGAUGGUUCUACGCCUACUCCUACCGGCUCUCAACAGGUGCCGGUGCAGCAAGGGCCGCCACGUCCUUUGUCCCAACAAGCCGCCAUGGCUCAAGCGGCUCAGAGCUACUCAAACAACAAUAAUGGUAACAAUAAUAACAUGGGUCAGCAACAGCAAAUGUCGCAAACGCCAAACAAUACACAUGCUCAUCCCCAAGGUUACAUCGCCAACCGCUCGACUGAAAAUUCGGCUCGCAAUAUCAACAUGGCCAUCCCAAAGAACCUGAAUGUUCCACCCCCGGAGCCUGUCACCAUGGCACCAUCUCGAUCCACUUUAUCGGGGGGUCCUAGUCACGGAGCUAUGGGUAUGAUGGGCCAGCCCGCGAUACAAAAGCACCCCGGUUAUGUCCUUGAGGGUGAAGGUCAGCGCGUACUAAGCAAGAAAAUGCUUGAUAUUUUGGUUCGUCAGGUUACGGGAGGGGGUGAAGGCGAGGGACUUACACCAGAUGCGGAAGAGUUCAUUAUUCAAAUGGCCGAUGACUUCGUUGACGACGUAAUCACCGCCGCCUGUCGUCUUGCCAAAUUACGUCCGUCAUCUACACUUGAAAUGCGUGAUAUUCAACUGGUCUUGGAACGCAACUACAAUAUGCGCAUCUCCGGAUUCUCCACCGAUGAUCUGCGCACUGUCAAAAAGCCUCAGCCCACUCAAGGUUGGACUCAAAAGAUGUCAGCUAUCCAGGCUGCCAAGGUUACUCAGGGCAAGGCUGAAUAA